CGAGCCUUUCGCCCUUCUGGGGUGCGUCAGGAGGACACGAGAGCCCAGUUUCUGAUCCCCGUGGGCUCGCUGGGCCGGAACCGUGCCGAGGCCUCCCUGGAGCGGGCUCAGAACCUCAACCCCAUGGUCGAUGUGAAGGCCGACCCCAAGGGCGUGGAGAGCAAGCCGGAGGACUUCUUCACCCAGUUCGAUGCUGUCUGCCUGACGUGCUGCUCCCGGGACGUCAUGGUGAAGGUCGACCAGAUCUGCCACAAGAACAGCAUCAAGUUCUUCACUGGUGACAUCUUCGGUUACCACGGCUACAUGUUCGCCAACCUGGGGGAGCACGAGUUUGUGGAGGAGAAGACCAAGGUCGCCAAAGUCAGCCCGGGGGUGGAAGAUGGGCCGGAUGCCAAGAAAGUCAAGCUGGACUCUUCUGAGACCACCAUGGUGAAAAAGCGCGUGGUUUUCUGCCAGCUGAAGGAGGCACUGGCGAUCGACUGGAGCAGCGAGAAGGCCACGGCCGCACUCAAGCGCACUGCCCUGGACUAUUUCCUGCUCCAAGUGCUCCUGAAGUUCCGGACGGACAAAGGCCGGGACCCCCUGCCCGAGAGCUACGCCACCGACACCGAGCUGCUGCUGCAGAUACGGAGCGAUGUGCUGGAUGCGCUGGGUGUCGGCGCCGACCUGCUGCCCGACAGCUUCGUCAGCUACUGCUUCUCUGAAAUGGCUCCCGUGUGCGCUGUGGUCGGAGGCGUCUUGGGGCAGGAGAUCGUGAAGGCCUUGUCGCAGCGGGAUCCGCCCCUCAACAACUUCUUCUUCUUCGAUGGCAUCAAAGGGAACGGGGUUGUCGAGUGCCUGGGACCCAGCUGAGCCGGGCACCCGGGGCCGGGCUGCGGCCUGCCCUCGAGCACAGGUUAGACGCUCAGCCUGAGCGGAGCUGGCGCUGCCCCCUCCCCAAUACCGCGGGGACAAGCGGUGCGGGGCUGGCAGGGGUCCCAGCUCCUCAAUAAAAGGUUGUUGUUCCCA